UUUCCUUCCCCCCCCCCCCCCCCGGCCCAGACGGCGGCGGGAGGGAUGGUGUGUCUCGCGGUGGCGGUUGCCGCGCCGGCUCUUCCGUCUCCGUCCCCGCCGCCAUCGCCGCGGCAGUGAUCGGGGCGGCGCUCCCGCAGGGAUGAGGCCUCCAUUAGCAAGCUAAAAGUGACUGAACCAUGGCUCAGUUUCCAACACCUUUUGGGGGCAACCUGGAUAUCUGGGCCAUAACUGUGGAAGAGAGAGCUAAGCAUGAUCAGCAGUUCCAUGGUCUGAAACCAACAUCUGGAUUUAUCACUGGUGAUCAAGCUAGAAACUUUUUUUUUCAAUCUGGAUUACCUCAACCGGUGUUAGCACAGAUAUGGGCACUGGCUGACAUGAAUAAUGAUGGGAGGAUGGACCAGUUGGAAUUUUCUAUAGCUAUGAAACUUAUCAAACUAAAACUACAAGGUUAUCAGCUUCCCCCUGCACUGCCCCCUGUCAUGAAGCAACCACCCAUUGCUAUUUCUGGUGCACCAGGGUUUGGUAUUGGGGGUAUUGCUGGCAUGCCGUCUCUUACAGCUGUCGCCCCAGUGCCAAUGGCAUCCAUUCCAGUAGUAGGGAUGUCUCCACCACUAGUAUCUUCUGUUCCUACAGCAGCAGUGCCUCCCCUGGCUAAUGGAGCUCCUGCUGUUAUACAACCUCUGCCUGCUUUUGCUCAUCCUGCCACAUUGCCAAAGAGUUCUUCCUUUAGUAGAUCUGGUCCAGGGUCACAAUUAAACACUAAACUGCAAAAGGCACAAUCGUUUGAUGUGGCUAGUGCGCCUCCUGUGGCAGAAUGGGCUGUUCCUCAAUCAUCAAGACUGAAAUAUAGGCAGCUGUUCAAUAGCCAUGAUAAAACAAUGAGUGGACACUUAACAGGUCCACAAGCAAGAACUAUCCUUAUGCAAUCAAGUUUACCACAGGCUCAGUUGGCUACAAUAUGGAAUCUUUCAGACAUUGACCAAGAUGGGAAACUUACAGCAGAAGAGUUUAUUCUGGCUAUGCAUUUAAUUGAUGUGGCCAUGUCCGGCCAGCCAUUGCCACCUGUACUGCCUCCAGAAUAUAUUCCACCUUCAUUUAGAAGAGUACGCUCUGGCAGUGGCAUCUCUGCUGUAAGCUCGGUGUCCGUAGACCAAAGGUUACCAGAAGAACCAGUGUUGGAAGAAGAACAGCAGCAACCAGAAAAAAAAUUGCCAGUAACGUUUGAAGAUAAAAAACGUGAAAAUUUUGAACGUGGCAACCUGGAACUUGAAAAGCGGAGGCAGGCCCUUCUGGAGCAACAACGCAAAGAGCAAGAGCGCCUAGCACAGUUGGAACGAGCUGAGCAGGAAAGAAAAGAACGUGAACGACAGGAGCAAGAACGUAAAAGGCAACUAGAGCUGGAAAAGCAACUGGAAAAACAACGGGAAUUAGAACGUCAGAGAGAAGAAGAAAGGAGGAAAGAAAUUGAAAGGCGAGAGGCUGCAAAAAGGGAACUUGAAAGGCAAAGACAACUUGAAUGGGAGCGUAAUCGUCGGCAAGAGCUAUUAAAUCAAAGAAACAAGGAACAAGAAGAUAUAGUCAUUCUGAAAGCAAAGAAAAAGACGUUAGAAUUUGAGUUGGAAGCUCUAAAUGAUAAAAAACAUCAGUUGGAGGGAAAGCUUCAAGAUAUCAGGUGUCGACUGUCUACCCAAAGACAAGAAAUUGAGAGCACAAACAAAUCUAGAGAACUGAGAAUUGCAGAAAUUACCCAUUUGCAACAGCAGUUACAGGAGUCUCAGCAGAUGCUUGGAAGAUUAAUUCCAGAAAAACAGCUACUCAAUGACCAGUUAAAGCAAGUUCAGCAAAACAGUUUGCACAGAGAUUCACUUCUUACUAUCAAAAGAGCCUUAGAAGCCAAGGAACUAGCACGCCAGCAGCUUCGAGAUCAGUUAGAUGAAGUAGAAAAAGAAACCAGAUCUAAACUUCAGGAGAUUGAUAUUUUCAAUAAUCAACUGAAGGAACUGAGAGAGAUACAUAACAAACAGCAACUUCAGAAGCAAAAGAGUUUAGAAGCAGAGAGGCUGAAACAGAAGGAACAAGAGCGGAAGACCGUAGAACUGGAAAAGCAAAAGGAAGCCCAAAGACGAAUCCAGGAACGGGAUAAACAGUGGCUUGAUCGAGUUCAACAGGAGGAGGAACACCAGCGGCAAAAAAAACUUCAGGAAGAUGAAAAGCUAAAAAGGGAAGAAAUAACCAAGAAGAAAGAAAGUGAGGAGAAGGGCAAGCAGGACAUGCAAGAAAAGCUAAAUAAGCUUUUCCAACAACAUCAAGAGCCAGCCAAGCCAGCAGUCCAGGCUCCUUGGUCAAGUGCAGAAAAAGCUCCACUAACCAUUUCUGCUCAGGAGGAUGUAAAAAUAGUAUAUUAUCGAGCAUUGUAUCCUUUUGAAUCCAGAAGCCAUGAUGAAAUCUCUAUUCAGCCUGGUGACAUUGUCAUGGUAGAUGAAAGCCAGACUGGAGAACCAGGGUGGCUUGGAGGUGAACUGAAGGGAAAGACUGGAUGGUUCCCUGCAAACUAUGCAGAGAAAAUACCUGAUAAUGAAGUCCCAGCUUCUGUUAAACCAGUACCUGACACUACAGCUGCACCUAAAGUUUCUGUGCGUGAAACUCCCACAUCUCUGGCAGCACCAGCUUCUACAGAAUCUACUACAACCACCGCCAACAACUGGGCAGACUUCAGCUCAACGUGGCCAACUAGCACUAGUGAGAAGCCAGAAACUGAUAACUGGGAUGCUUGGGCAACCCAGCCAUCUUUAACUGUUCCAAGUGCAGGACAGCUGCGGCAAAGAUCAGCCUUCACUCCAGCCACUGUAACUGGAUCAUCUCCUUCUCCUGUCCUGGGUCAAGGUGAAAAAGUAGAAGGGCUUCAAGCACAGGCUUUGUAUCCUUGGAGAGCCAAGAAGGACAACCACCUUAAUUUUAACAAAAAUGAUAUCAUAACAGUUCUGGAGCAGCAAGAUAUGUGGUGGUUUGGAGAGGUCCAAGGUCAAAAAGGAUGGUUUCCUAAAUCAUAUGUGAAGCUUAUUUCAGGCCCAAUAAGGAAGUCAACAAGCAUGGAUUCUGGUUCCUCAGAAAGUCCUGCUAGCUUAAAAAGAGUAGCAUCACCAGCAGCAAAAUCUACUAUGUCAGGUGAAGAAUACAUUGCUAUGUACACUUAUGAGAGUUCAGAACAAGGAGACUUAACCUUUCAACAAGGAGAUCUGAUUCUUGUGACAAAGAAAGAUGGUGACUGGUGGACAGGAACAUUGGGUGAUAAAUCAGGAGUCUUUCCUUCUAAUUAUGUGAGACUCAAAGAUUCAGAGGUCCCUGGAACUGCUGGAAAGACCGGAAGUUUAGGAAAGAAACCUGAAAUUGCCCAGGUUAUUGCCUCUUACACAGCAACGGGUCCCGAACAACUUACCCUUGCUCCUGGUCAGCUUAUUCUCAUCAGAAAAAAGAAUCCAGGCGGAUGGUGGGAAGGAGAACUUCAGGCACGAGGGAAAAAGCGACAGAUAGGAUGGUUUCCUGCUAACUAUGUAAAACUUUUAAGCCCCGGUACCAGUAAAACUACACCAACUGAGCCACCUAAAUCAACAACAUUACCUUCAGUGUGCCAAGUAAUUGGCAUGUAUGACUACACUGCACAGAACGAUGAUGAACUGGCAUUCAAUAAAGGCCAGAUCAUAAACGUCCUUAACAAGGAAGACCCAGACUGGUGGAAAGGAGAAGUGAAUGGACAAGUGGGUCUCUUCCCCUCCAACUAUGUGAAGCUGACAACAGAUAUGGACCCCAGCCAGCAAUGGUGUGCAGAUUUACAUCUCCUGGACAUGUUGACACCUACGGAAAGAAAAAGGCAAGGGUAUAUCCAUGAACUUAUUGUAACAGAAGAGAACUAUGUGAAUGAUCUGCAGUUAGUCACAGAGAUUUUCCAGAAACCACUGAUAGAAUCUGAGCUGCUCACAGAAAAGGAAGUGGCUAUGAUUUUUGUUAAUUGGAAGGAGCUUAUUAUGUGCAAUAUCAAGCUACUAAAGGCACUGCGUGUUCGUAAGAAGAUGUCUGGAGAGAAGAUGCCAGUGAAAAUGAUUGGUGAUAUACUGACGGCACAGCUACCACACAUGCAACCUUACAUUCGAUUCUGUAGUUGCCAGCUUAAUGGAGCUGCACUCAUCCAGCAGAAAACAGAUGAAGUCCCAGAGUUCAAGGAAUUUGUUAAAAGGUUAGCAAUGGAUCCGCGCUGUAAAGGAAUGCCACUGUCAAGUUUUCUACUAAAGCCUAUGCAACGGGUAACAAGAUACCCACUAAUAAUUAAAAAUAUCAUUGAAAAUACUCCUGAAAAUCACCCUGACCACAGUCACCUGAAGCAUGCUUUGGAGAAAGCUGAGGAAUUGUGCUCCCAAGUAAACGAAGGAGUGCGUGAGAAGGAAAAUUCAGACAGGCUGGAAUGGAUCCAGGCUCACGUUCAAUGUGAAGGUCUAUCUGAGCAACUUGUAUUUAAUUCAGUUACCAACUGCUUGGGACCACGCAAAUUUUUGCACAGCGGGAAACUCUACAAAGCCAAGAGCAACAAGGAGCUGUAUGGUUUUCUGUUCAAUGAUUUCCUCCUGCUGACUCAGAUCAUAAAGCCCCUUGGCUCUUCUGGUACCGACAAGGUCUUCAGCCCCAAGUCUAAUCUGCAAUAUAAAAUGUACAAAACUCCCAUUUUUCUGAAUGAGGUACUAGUCAAAUUACCUACAGACCCUUCUGGAGAUGAGCCCAUCUUCCAUAUCUCCCACAUUGAUAGAGUCUACACACUUCGUGCAGAAAGCAUAAAUGAAAGGACUGCCUGGGUUCAGAAAAUUAAAGCUGCUUCAGAACUCUACAUAGAGACUGAGAAGAAGAAGAGGGAAAAGGCCUACUUGGUUCGUUCCCAAAGGGCAACAGGCAUUGGAAGGUUGAUGGUGAACAUCGUAGAAGGUAUUGAACUGAAACCCUGCAGGUCACAUGGAAAGAGUAACCCCUACUGUGAAGUGACCAUGGGCUCUCAGUGUCACAUCACCAAGACUAUACAGGACACUCUCAAUCCUAAAUGGAAUUCAAACUGCCAGUUCUUUAUCAAAGACCUAGAGCAGGAUGUGCUGUGCAUAACAGUGUUUGAGAGGGAUCAGUUCUCCCCAGAUGACUUUCUGGGCAGAACAGAAAUCCGUGUGGCAGAUAUUAAGAAGGAUCAGGGCUCAAAAGGACCAGUCACAAAGUGUCUCCUUCUUCAUGAAGUCCCAACAGGAGAGAUAGUAGUCCGACUAGAUCUGCAGUUGUUUGAUGAGCCUUAGAGGGAAAUCAGUAUUUCAUUUUAAUCUGAGUUCACUGCAAUAGGUGUCUGCAGAAGCUCUCAAAAUCCUUAUCCCUUUUAUAUGAAACUACUGCUUGCCCUUCACGUGCAAGAGGGUUAUCAAAGCAAACAGGAGCAUCUAUGUGCCUUGAUAAUCCUUGCUGAAAACUGCACCCCUAUUUUGUGAGGAAACUUUUCUCACCCUAUACGUGGAACUUUACCAUAAUUUUCAGGGCUCCUGAAAAUAACAUAGUGGUAACUUGUGCUCCAGUUUGAAAGGUUAACAAACCGUAUAGAUAGCUGCACUUGCACCAGUUACACUAUUAUUUAACUUUCAUGAAGCAGUCAGUGUCUCUACCUUUGAAGGUUUUCUGUAAACUUUCCCCCUAAGAAUGCUGUGCCUAUUACCCCACAAAAGUGGUGUGUAAACAUAACGUGAAUGAACACUUACCAGGUAAGAUGAUCGCCAAUAAUUUACCUGUAGAUCUUCACGGUACUAUUGCAAAGAUAUUCUUUUUUUUUAAAUGCAUAAUAAGCAGAUCUGAUGCUGUUAGUGCACCACGUGCAGACUCAGCCUCUCAAAAUAGGGUUCAAGUGGAACUGAAAAUUGUGCACAGGCUUUGCACUGUCCCUCUGCACAGAGCUGAAUUUCACCUUAAGAGUGCACUGACUUUCAAUACCUGUUGAAGUUUCAUUUUUUCUGUAGGGUUGUAAAUGCUUGAAUAAUGAGCACAAGUGAUAGAGAGCCCUGCUGAAUGUUGAACUGUAUCACUCAAAUACUACUUUGUGUGUAAACUGAUGGAUAAUCUGGUCACCAGCUGUAAUUAAAAAAAAUCACUGCGCUAGCUCAGGAAGCUAAUUUAUACCCUAUGGAGUCUAGUUAGAAAAGCAAUUAGUGGUGACUGGUUAUUAAAUUGUACUGUGCCUAAACAUAUUUGACAUCAUGGUGUUGAAAUCAGGGCAGUAGCAUAUUGUAGCUCACAAAGACAUUCAUUGCAAACCAGGUUUAUUAUAAAUUUGUUGACUGUAAUAUUUGAUGUGACCAGAAACAAAACCUUUGUUUGUGAUUGUGCAGAGUGAGUAACCCCAAAGCAAAAGGGUCUUGUUAUCUUAGUGAGGGGAGGGGAGUACAGGAGUUUUCCCAUGUAACUCCCCACACCCAUGCAAGCUGAGAUUUGGCAAAACGUCCCUAUUCAGCAACCUUGAGCACAGGCUUAAGUUCUACUUUCUUUAAGCACAUGCUUUAGUGUUUGCUGAUUUGGGACUUAAGAGGACAGUAGACCCCCUGAGAGUAACAUUCCUCUUUGUUCUGCUUGGAGUCCUUUUGUUCGUUAUCUAAUGAUCAUGCAUAAACUGGUAUUUUUGUAAUGGCUUCAUUUCAGAAUGGGAGGUGUUAACCAUUUCACUAGCAUGUUGAUGUUUUUGUGGAGCUUGCUGUUAGGUUUUGAUGUUCUUUGCAUGUUGUUUUGGUACUAGUUUCCACCUUUCCUGUAUAGAUGGUAUUCUCUAGCACUGCAAGUCUUUACAAUUUCCUUUAGGAAAUUAGGAUAUCUUCAUAAUGGAUAUCUAGUAUGGUGAUAAGUGUAAAACGUGAGGGGAAGUGUCUGUGUAUUAUAAUUUCCCACAAGACCACUGUAAUGUUUCAAGCAAUUGAAAACAUAAUCCUGUAUGUUGGAGGGACAACAAAGUUUACAUUUCAUACUUUUAAGAAUCGCUUUAUUAUUUAUUUAUUGAAGAUAGUGUAGAAUUUUGUAUCAGAAAUGACAUACUUAUGUAUUUUUUGAACAAAGCAGAGAUACACACUUUAGUUAGAAACUUUCAACUGACCACAUUUUAGAGGAAGUUUAACUUCAAGGCAUGCAUUUGUUUACCACUAACUGGCUGAAAACACAGUUAAAAGAACUUUUAAGUUUCUAUUUUUCAAUGUUGUUAAGAAAAUUGUUUCAAUUAAAAAUUGUAAAUAGUACUAAACCCAUGCUUUCCUAUUUCCAUAUCAAUACAUUUUAUUAAAUAUAAUGUAUAUGAAAAUACACGUUGUCGUGGUAGGAAGAGUGAUAAAAUCUAUUAAUGGAGUAACAUUAAAUGUCAUUGUUCUAACCUUU